AUGAGCUCCCCUAGACACAUCGGCAUCGUCGGCGGCGGCAUCAUCGGCAGCUCCACCGCCUUUUGGACCGCUCGACUCGCUCGCGAACGGUCGUUGCCAGUCGACAUCACGCUGUUCGAGGGUUCGUCUGUGGCAGCUGGAGCGUCUGGGAAGGCGGGAGGACUACUAGCGUUGGACUGGCACGGGCCGUCGACGGCUUCUCUCGCCGCCUUAUCUUACCGACUACACUCUGAACUUGCCGCGGAGUACGGCGGAGCAGACCGAUGGGGAUACCGGCGCCUGGACACCCUCAGCGUUUCCGCCGACCUCUCCUCCUCAUCCUCUUCCGCCAAACUUAGCAGUCGCUCGAGAAAGCUCAAGGGCGCUGAGCUCUUCCCCUGGCUCAACAAGGACGUAUUGACCGCGUCAGAUGUGCUGGGAAGCCAGGACACGACGUCGCAGGUGCACCCGGAGCAGUUCACGCGCGCGAUGGUCGAGGAGGCGGAGAAGCUCGGUGUCAAGGUCGUGUAUGGCUCGGUUGAGGGCGCGCAGGAUCGGGCGGACGGCGGCUACGAUCUCUCUGUCUCGCCCCGCGACUCCUCGCAGGACCGCGCGACCGUGCCAGUCACGGAUGUGGUCGUCGCUGCAGGUCCUUGGACUGGCAAGCUCCUCUCCAAGCUCGGGUUGGACAAGCAGGCUGGCCGAGCGAAGGCGAUCAAGGGCAGUCGGGCGCACUCGAUCGUGUUGAAGACGGCGCCGGGACGGGAGUUGCCUGCUCAGGCGCUCUUCACGUCGAUUAAGGAGGUCGGUGGACGGCAUGCGGAGCCUGAGGUGUACAACCGUCCCGACGGCACCAGCUACAUCUGCGGCCCGACAGACUCCUCCGCCCUGCCUACUCUCGCCUCCUCCGUCUCGACCGAAUCCUCAGCCAUUGACCUCCUCAUCUCGCAAGCCGCCCGCCUCGCUCCUGACUACCUCUCGACGGAGAACGGCCAGUACAGCGCGACUGUUGAGCGGCGUCAGGCUUGCUACUUGCCUGGUGGGUCGGGCGAUCCGGUCAUUGGCGAGAUUGCGCAGGGAGCGUAUGUCGCGUCGGGUCACUCGUGCUGGGGGAUCUGCAAUGGGCCGGGAACGGGAUACGUCAUGGCGGAACUUCUGCUCGACGGAAAGGUCAAGAGCGCCGACAUUGACGACCUUAGCCCGUAG